GAGCGGAGCAGCAGACAAGCCCUUGAGGCGUUUCUUUUCAGAGCUCGCGGGUCGUGCUGUCAACAGUACAGUGUUGUUGACAGUACAGUAGGUAAUCCCAAGAGGCCUAGUAGAAAGCGGUAGAUUAGAUUCAAGCUACUCAGGAGAAGGGCUUGAUUGGAAAUGCGAGCAAGGCGUGACACCUCCAUGUAGGAGGGUAACCACCAUCCUUACCACGCCUGCAUCUCCAGGGCGGGGAGUUAAAAGCUGCGUAUUUGCACAGGAAUCUCUCCAUCGCGCUGUCAGGCUUGCGAUUGCUAAGGCCACUGGUUUCUUGGCUGUUGCAAUUGUCUUAAGGCACUUGCAGUGAGCUCUUCAAGUGUCCUGCAUUUGAUUCUGGACCCAACAUUGUUAACGAGCUAAGAGCUGAUUGAAUCAGUACAUCACUCGACGGACCACUCUUUGGCAUUGAUCAUUCACGGAUGGCUCGGAGCCUUCUACUGAAUCUUAGCAAUCCAAAGAGGUACUGAAGGCUCCAGACUGGACAGCUCAAUCAGUCUAGGACUGCAGAAUUAACCUUGUUUUGGCACUUGCUGCGCCCUCUUCUGAGCGCUCAAGAUGGGGGGCGCUCUGCAAAAUCUUGGCGUCUCGGCGGCCAUCAAUCUGGGCGCAGGGGGUCUAUUUGUGGCGGCCUAUAUGGUGGCGUCGCGCUUCCCCAUCAAUAUGCGCGUUUACUUCUCUGCGCUGUCUGAGCGGGACCCGGACAAGUUUGCGCACACCGGGAAGAAGGGGCUUGCAAGCCUCAAGCCGGACUUCCACAUAUUUGACUGGCUCAAGGACGUGCUGAGGAUGUCAGAGGAGGAGCUUAUUAGCAUCGCGGGGCUCGACGCGGUGCUGCUCCUGCGGAUUAUUGCCCUCUGUCUGAGGAUGUUUGUGCCGAUCACGCUGUGGGCGUUGGUGGUCUUGAUACCCGUCAAUGCAACAGACCACAACGUCGAUUAUCAGUUGGCCGUGAACCCGAAGUCGAGCUUCGACACGCUCGACAAGAUCAGCCUUUCGAACGUUCGGGACAAGUCCACCAGGAUGUGGGCGCAUCUGGUGUCGAGCUACCUCUUCGCAUUUUGGGCCUAUUACUGCCUGUGGACCGAGUAUGCCGCCAUCACGAGACUGCGGCUCAAGUACAUGGCAGACGGGGCGCCACAUCCAGAGGACUUUACCGUCCUUGCCACCGAGAUUCCGCCGGCCCACAGCGACAACCGGGGCAGCACGCGCGAGCGCGUGGAGCGCUUCUUCCGCGAGCAGUUUGGGGAGUACUUUUCGGGCACCAACACCGUCACCAACGCCGAGUCGCUCUGGAGGCUCAUCAAGAAACGGGACGACACGGCAAACAAGCUGGAUGCGAAGCGGAUCAAGGCGGCGCGGAAAAGCGACAAGCGGCGCCUCACUACGAGGACCGGCUGCCUGGGGCUCUGCGGUCCGAAGGUCGACGCGAUUGGGCACUAUGAGAAGCUGCUCGAGAAGCACACCGACGAGACGGUCCAGGAGGCACGUGCCAUGGAGCAAAGCGAGGAUCGGUAUCUGAACGCCGCCUUCGUGACUUUUACAAACCGGUGGGCGGCCGCGAUUGCGGCGCAGACGCAGCUGGCGACGAACCCUUUGGUUUGGGUGACGGAAAUGGCUCCCGAGCCCCGAGACGUGCAAUGGUCCAACCUGGGAGUCUCCAAGUGGCAGAAGAGCAUUCGCCGGAUUAUCAUCAGCACGGCCGUCUUCUUUCUCGUCUUCUUCUACCUCAUCCCGGUGGGUAUCGUCCAGUCGCUGGCCAAUCUGAACAGCGUGCGGUCCAUCGGAACGCCCGUCAGGCAGAUCGUCGACGUGCCGUUCAUUAGCGGGCUGAUCAGCGGGUUCUUGCCGGGCGUGGUGCUGAAGCUGUUUCUGUGGAUUCUGCCGGCGCUGCUCAAGGCCAUGUCCACCUUCGAGGGCUACUCAUCCAAUAGCAGAAUCAUCAAGGAGACCUGCAUCAAGAUGUACUACUUCCAGCUGGUGAACGUGUUCUUCGGGUCCAUCCUGACGGGGUCGCUCUUCCAGCAGCUGCGCUCGUUCAUCAACAAACCGACGAGCCUGCCGCAGACGCUGGGCAACGCGAUUCCGUCCAAGUCUAGUUUCUUCAUCACGUACAUCAUGCUGGACGGCUGGGCCGGAUUUCCGGCGGAACUUCUCCGCCUGUGGGCGCUCAUCAUCUACCACAUCAAGGUGGCGCUGCUGGUCACGACGGAGAAGGACCGGGAGAAGGCGAUGGGCCUGUCGGGGCUGGCGUACGAGGAGAUUCUGCCGAGCCUGCUGUUCUACAUUUUGCUGGGCCUCGUGUAUGCGCCGAUCGCGCCCAUCCUGCUGCCCUUCCUGCUGCUCUUCUUCGUCCUGGGUUACGUCGUCUACAAGAACCAGAUCAUCAACGUGUACGAGCGCGAGUUCGAGAGCGCCGCCGGCUUAUGGCCCUUCGUCGCAUCGCGUAUCAUCACCGCGCUUAUGGUCGCCCAGUUGACGCUUUUGGGCGUCCUCUCACUCAAGCUCGCGACUAAAGUGGCGCCCUUCGCCAUCCCCCUUCCGAUCAUGACGGCGCUCUUUGGCAGAGUGCUCAAGGAGCGGUUCGAGGCCAACUUCGUAAAUUCACCAUUGGAGAGCGCGAAAGCGAAGGAUGCCGCAGAUACCACGCGCUUCCCGGACUGGAAGCUCGAGGAGGCGACACGUGCCGCCUAUACGCACCCCGCCAUAACCGGAGGGCUCGAGCAGGACUUCCUCGCCGAGAUGAUCAAGGGAGAAGUGCACGGCGACCUUGAAGGGGGACCAGAUGCCAGCGUGCGGACCCCCCCUACGUCCGAAAUGGAGAAGCCGGUCCAAAUGUCCGGCAUGCGCGCGCGGGCCGCGCCUCACAGCGUCGAGACUGCAGCGGACAGCAUCGCGACGGGAAAUGACAGUCAAUUGUCCGCCGAAGACAACGUCUAGAUUGGGCUUUGUUUUAAGGUUUCUCUAAAUAGUGUUGAAAGUCGCGUCCUAUUUACUUUAAAGAGCUAGCGGUUCAGCGACUGCAGGCUUAGCAUUGCUAUGCUAACGUACUAAUCCAUGGACUUAUAAAUUGUUCGUUGGUUUGAUUGAGUUAGCUUCGUUGACUAAAGAAGAGUCUACCUACGCAAUGUUUUGUGACACUGGCUGCGAUGGGAGCAGAAGACAGUCAAUUCAAUUCCACUCAGUUAGGGUAGCGGCUGAUCACUGGCGACCAUAUUUUUGGGGGGCAGAUCGUUUGAUUACAAGACUGAUUGGAUCUGGCGACGGGUAGGCACCGCCAAACACAGGGAGACUGCCAAUAUUGAUCAGAACCAUUUGUGCCCUUCUAAGGAUUCUGUAGCACGGGCCGGUGUUUUGGCUGUGGAUCUUGCAACUUUACAAAUGUAAAGCUUGAUUGUUUGAGAAGGGAACUGAUGCGUGC